ACUGACUGGCAGUGCCCCGUGCUACGUGCCUUUGCCCCUUUCGUAGACUAGGAGCCGUCGAGUCAGACUUAUUGUCUAACAGAGAGUAGACAUUCGUGUCGUGUCACAGUGCGAAUGUGAUAACACUUUCUGAGCAUCUAGCAGGCAGCCACAUAAAAUUCACAAUAUGUAUACAUAAACUGAAGCUAUUUCAAAGCAUUCGCAACAAAUUCCCACUGAAGUUCGAUACGUACCAGUAUUUUCGAGCAGCAGCACCAAAAUGUCUUGGAAACCCCAAGCGAAGCCCGUGACCAGCAAGGGCGACAGGCCAGUCACCAAGGUCAACAAGGAGAACAAGACUGCGGCUAAGCAACAUCCUGUGACACGUACCCCACCAUCCCGACCCAAUACACAUGAUCGGAUUUGGAAGAUCAUGAAAAUGUAAACAUGAUGUAGCCAUUCGACCGCUUGGUUGGUAUAUGCACCAAUCAACAAGAUCGGAUUUUGAAAACCAUGACCAUCUAACCAUGGUAACUAUAAUUCGUCCUCUUAAUUGGUAUAUGUACCAAUCCACAUCAAAGGUCAAGACUUUCAACGCGUUCGACAUGUAUUUCCGAUCUAACAACACAUUAUUCUCUCUGCAGAUUUGAUGGUGAUGGGACAGCCCCCCCACAAUGUUUGAUUUUUUUUCUACCUAUUUGUUCGGAAAUGAUUUAAAAUAAAAAUAAUCUUUUGGUCGCGCUGGGCGCUGAAUAAAGCGAAAAAGUCCCAACACAGAAAAACUCUUAUAAUUCCCUGAUGGACUGACUGGAAAGCGCGCAAAGCGCAGGCGCUGUCCUUGAAGAGAAAGGCAGCACAUUCGAGAGAGUGGGCUAUUUUCUCUUUACACUUGACUAUAUGGCUCACUGUGUCAAAAGGUAAAUUUGUGGUAAAUUCUACGGUUAUAAAGCGGAUUUACGGUUGAAAUAAGAAAAUCCCAAAUGAUCACAACAGAGUUUAGAUGUUAGCUCGAGUCUCAUCCAAAAAUUGUUGAUAAACGAAAAAGCCUACAGUCUCAAUUUAUGGGGAAAUAUCAAAUAUAAACAUGCGAAUUGGCCUGUAUGGCCAUGUUUGAAGCUCCAGCCAUAUUUUGUGUCCCCAGCAUCCAAAGAAGAAGAAAACGGGCCAAAGGCCAAAAGGAAAAAGUGAUUGGGAUAGGCCCACUUCUCCAGGGCCCAAGCACUCUCUCAAGCCGCUUUCAAGUCAAUGCAACUUAAACCAAAACAAACUCAAAAUCCCGAGCCUGCCAUCCGUAUAAGCACAUCUGUAUAUAUGUGCAUGUAUGUAUGUGUAUAUAUGCAUGUGUGCGUGGGGUUGCUCGUGCAAUUUUACUUUCAUUCGUAAUUGAGUGAAAACGAUGCGGCCGAAGAUGAUGGGGCGAAGAGCUGACACGAGCAGAAAUGUCCCUGCAACGACGACGAGCUGGCAUCGACCGAGAGCCAAAGGACAUUUUGGUACUCGUGCCAGUUUUUGCUAAUGCCGUUGCUCAGUUUCGUAUUCGUGUCGGAACGUGGCGCUACGGUCUGCUCAAGGAUACGCGGAAACCAGGCAAAUCAAGCAACGAAACGUGUGGGACCCCAGAAAAGCACAACUGCCAAUUGCCAACGUGUGCGAGAUUGCGUGUGAGUGUAUGUGUGUGUGUGCGCGCUUGUGAGCGGGUCGGAUCGUGUGUGCCGCCGUUUUGGUCCCGGCCGUUUAAUUUUAUUAGCGUGCCGCGAUGCGUCAUGGAAAUGGCAGACAAAACACACACAAAAAUACAAUAAAUGAAAAAUUAAAUAUUAAUUAAAUUUUGCAUACGAAUCCAGCAACGAAUGCAACGAUUCCGCAAGAAGUGCUGUUUUGUCGGUUAUUGUUGUUUGUUUCUCGAUUGAAAUGUUAAAUAGAUAUUAAAAAUUGAUGCAAUCCAACAAAUUUCGGCUACAGACCUGCUGCUGGUCGGUCCGGUCAGGCGAGGCCUGAGUAUAGCCAGGCGUAACCUCUGAACGACGUUUGCCAUCGACAUUGGCAUCCAGUACCACUCAGAUUGGCCCUGCCACUGCCACUGCCACUGGCUCUCUGGCAUCUUCGCCAUCAUCAUUCCGGGUGUGCGUGUAUAUGACUUUAUUAAAAUUUUAAAUCCCCCAUCGCUGCUGACAUCGAAAGUACAUACUCGUGGAACGCGCGUGUUCAACUUGCCGUUUUUACACAUUGUUUGUGGACUUUCAUAAAUAUAUAUCGCCCCGCCUUGUACUGGUGCUCGUUCCAGAUUUCAUACUCGUUUGUUGUUGUGCUUAUCGCGAUUACUGCGCGGCUCUCGAACAUAGUCCAGAGGGUAUUACCCACCACCUACAUACAUCAGCUCCACAUCUGCAACGUGCCUACAACUCGGACACAGCCGACGCGCGUCCACCAACUUAUCCGACAAAAAAUUGGAAUCGGAAAAGUGAAAAGCUGAAGAACUAAACAAUGCAAGAAUUGGAGAAAUUCGCACACUUCAAUGCCACGCAACACGGCAGCAAAAUCAUCAGCAGCAGCAGCAGCAGCCUCGCCAAAGUUAUGCUCCGGGCAAAAACUGUAAAUGAAACAACUUAAUUAGUAGUUGCAGGUCUCGAGGAAAGCGGCACGCGCUCCGUGCCCAGAAUCAGCUCCAGCUCAAGCUCAAGGAGAAGGAGAAAGUCGGUCGGCAUUACAACGAAUUUUAGGAAAUAUUCGCUUGCCCAUGCUGCUUCAUUAGAACGAGCAAAAGGUUUAAUGCGAUCCCGACCCAGGCAUCCUUUGAGCCUCAGCAGUAGCAGCAGGAAAAACUUUUGUUUUCGCGCUCGCGUCUCUUUGUGUGUAUAAGUGUGUGCCUGCGUGUGGGUGAGAGUAGCUGCAUUUUUUUGAGAAAAUUAAAUUGAAAACAACAUCAGCAACACACAAUCACCAGCCCCAACGGCAGUGAAAGCAGCGAAAGCAGCGAAAGCCGCAAAAUAAACGAGCACAACCUGCAUAUAAAUUAUUAUACGCUACACAAUGGAUUUGGUAGAAUUGAAAGCCAGAGCGAACCGAGCUAAAAGGACUUCCACAAUGCACGUAACAACUUCCUAUGCCAAUGCCAGCAGACGCUGCUGGCAGCGCCAUUUGGCUUUAUUCACGCUCUUCCUAUUUGCGGCUCACAUCAAUAUAACUUCCGGUCAAAUCGAUUGGGACGACGACGACGAUCCAGUCUCCACAGUGGCCGUGGAGGCAGUACUGGGACGCACCGCAUCCCUGCCGUGCGACAUAGAGCCGGAGGCGAAGGACGAUCGUGUGUAUAUGGUCCUAUGGUUUCGUGAGAGUGCUGGCAAACCACUUUACAGCUUUGAUGUGCGUGGGCGGCCGUUUGAGAAGGCCCUCUACUGGUCGGACACCAACUCAUUUGGGCCACGUGCGUAUUUCGUUACCGGACAGCAGCCGGCCAAGUUAUCUGUGGACAAUAUACAGCUGGAUGACGAGGGCGUUUACCGCUGUCGCGUCGACUUUCAGAACUCACCCACGCGCAAUCAUAGAAUUAACUUAACGGUUAUUGUUCCUCCGCAUCAAAUACUCGUGUACGAUGCCUCGGGUCGCGAUGUUGCCGGCGCUGUGGGUCCGUUGCUCGAGGGCGAUAAUAUUGUGUUGACAUGUGAAGUGCGUGGCGGUCGCCCAGAACCUACUGUCACAUGGCUGAACGGCACACGGACUUUGGAGGCUGGCAGCGGGGUCUCGAUGGGCCGGCAUGUGACUGUCAAUCGACUGGAGGUACACCAAAUCUCGCGCUCCGCCCUGAACAACACGUAUCGCUGUCAGGCAUCCAACACGAAGCUGGUGGCACCCGUGGAGCGCAGCAUACGCAUCGAAAUGUUACUCAAACCCACAUCAGUCAAUUUAACCAAUAAGUUGAAGGUCUUCUCCUCGAGCACGCAAUACAAUCUCACCUGCAUUGUGGCGGGCUCGGUGCCGGACACGGAAAUCAGAUGGACACAGAAUAAUCGGCCCUUCAAACGUGGCAUGCUGUCAACGAGCCAGGGCAAUGGACGAGUUAUAUCCACAUUGACAUUUCAUCCACAACCUGAGGACGACGGCACGAUGCUCAAGUGCGAGGGCUCCAAUCCACGCCUGCAGAACUCAGCCAUCGAGGACUCGCUCAUGAUGAACGUCAUUUAUCCGCCGCAGGUCACCUUGUCGCUGGGCUCAACGCUGCGUCCGGACGACAUCAAGGAAGGCGACGACGUCUAUUUCGAGUGCCACAUCAAGUCCAAUCCCAAGGAGCAUCGCAUCAUGUGGUCGCAUGACGGCCAACCGGUCACCCAGAAUGUCUCGUGGGGCAUCAUCAUAUCCACACGCUCCUUGGUGCUGCAGCGAGUGGGGCGCGUCCACUCGGGCUUUUACGCCUGCUCGGCGGCCAACGAUCGCGGCGAGACGCAGUCGGCUCCAGUCAGUUUGAGGAUACGCUAUGCGCCCGUCUGCAGCAGCAGCAGCAUCAGUGUGAUUGGUGCCUCGCUGGAGGAGGCCGUGCCCAUACCGUGCCGCGUCAACUCAGAUCCGCCCGAAAUCGAUUUCGAAUGGACCUUCUCAAGCAGCGGCGAGCAUUUCGAGGUGCCGUCUGGACAUUAUGCCACCAUACAGGACCCCACCAUGACCACCACCAACGAUGUGAGGCGCACCAUUGUGGAGGCCAACGAGACGCACUUCGAGAGCUAUGUGGAAACGGUCAGCGAACUGAUCUAUACACCCAAGGGUGAGCGGGACUACGGGACGCUGGCCUGUUACGGCCGGAAUGCCAUUGGCAAGCAAUCGGACCCGUGUCUGUUUCAGGUGGUGCCGGCAGCCAAGCCGGGGGCAUUACGGAAUUGUACGCUGCGUCCGUAUGUGGUGACCUCCGCCUCGCUGAAUUCAUCGAAUCAGACGACAAUGCAUGCCAAUCAAAUGUUGCAAACACAAUACGGCAGACACGAGUCGAAUUACCCGCAUAUGGAGUACGUACGUGAGCGCCAUAACAACAACAGCGGCAAGAAUGCCACUGGCCACCGGAACAAUGCUUCCAAUAAAAAUAUGAAGGGCAAAACAAAUGCUGGCCACAUGAAAUCUAAUAACAAGCAGACACGGCUACCACCCCGACCACAGGCCCUGCCACUGCCACAGCCACAGCCACAGCCAGCGGGAUAUGUCCUCAGUCAACAGCAAUUGCAGCGCCUCAAAAAGCGAACGUCAUUUACACCGUCACAGACAUUGGCAGCCAUCGAGAGCCAGCGCCAGAGGAAGCAGCAGCAGCAGCAGCAACAGCAGCCGCCAGGAGCCAACACUGGAAAGUCGUCCAAGGCACUGGCCAACGAUAAACAGGCUGAUGGAUUGCCGGCCAAGUCGCCAAAGCAGCGCACGCGACGAGCCAGUAGCCAAAGCCAACAGAAGAGACAACAGAAACAACUGAAUUCAGGCGGCACCAAGCUCGGGCUCGGACUCGGGGUUGAGCUUGGGCUCGGGGCAUCAAUAACAACAAGCCAGAAGAUGCCGCCGAGCCAGCGUCAGGCGGCAAAAUCAAAUUUAUCAAUGUCACAUGUAGAACGGACUGGAGUAGUUGCUGCUGCAAGGGAUGGGGACAAUGGCAAACUGCCAGCAAAGUAUUUUAAUAAGCGACAGAAAAACAUGCACGAACAGAAGAAACAGAAGAAAGAGCUGGAGCUCCUGCAGCAGCAGCAGGGUGGCAAGCGGGGGGCAAGCGUAAACGAGCACAACAGCAAUAUAAUCCAUCAUUAUGCAACGCCAAAGCGAGGCAAACGGCAGGCAGCAAAUGACAUCUUAGCAACGGUGGCAGCAGCAGCAACAUCAGCAUCAGUAUCAGCAGAAGCAGCAUCAUCAUCAUCUUCAUCUUCAUCUUUAGUGGCAGCUACAACAAAAUCAGCUGCGACAAGGGCCGCUGCCACAGCCGCCAUAGGAACUGAAAGGGAGGGCACAGGCAGCAGUAGCAGCAGUAGUAGCAGCGUUGGAGUCGAGGACAACAUGCCCACAAUGAGACGGGCACGCAAAUCUUUGGCCAUCAUUGGCAGUAGCAAUGUCAGCAGCAGGGUGAACAAGCAGCAGCAGCAACAGUCGAUGCCGCCAAAUGCACCGCAAAUAAGCAACAAGCCAGCGGCAGCAGCAAUUAGCGGCAACAAUGUAAAGGAAACAACGGCAUCAGCAGAAGCACAAGCAGCAGCAGCAACAGCAACAGGAGUCCGGGUAGAAGUCAAAGACAAGCCAGCCUCUAAUGAUCCUGCCAAGACAGAAGACAAUGCCGAGGAGGAUGAGAAUAAUGAUGAUGAUGACGACGAUGAUGAUGAUGAUGAUGAGGCAGACACAGAAGCCGAGGCUGAAGCUGAAGCUGAGGAAGAGGUGGAGCCAGAGGAUGAUGACGAUGCAGACCUGGAUGAAGAUGUUGCCGAGCUGCAAAGGGAUGCCGAGUACAUGGCCGAUGGGCCCAGCGACUUGGCCGAGUAUGAGACGGUCGAGCAUGUGGAUAUGUUGUCACUGGAGCAGCAACUGGACCUGGAAUCGCUCGAAGAUAAUGUCGAUGCUGAGGAUGAUGGUGACAAUGCUGAUAUCGAUAUCGACGACGAUAUGUACAACGUUAGCGAUGAUGACUUUGUGGCCAGCGUGGCCCUCUCCACCUCCUACACAACAACAACAAGAACAACCACAACGAGAAGCGUGACCACAAUGCUGGCGAGGGCCAGCACUCCACCCGCCUCCGCCGAGUGGCAGCAGCCGCAUUUCGACUAUUCACGCAUGGAGUACAGCUUUAGCAAUGGCGUAGUCACGCAGAGCCUGCUGGGCGUUGGGGCAGGCGGUGGGGGUGGAGGUGGAGGUGGAGUUGGAGCAGCGGCCGCACACGAUGGCCAGUCCGGUGGGGGCACCAUCAAUUUCGAUAAUUACGACAACAUCAUCUACUCCACGAUGGAGCUGGAGUGCAUGCCCGGCUACGAUGGGGGACUGCAGCAGCAGUUCUUCCUGGAGGCCUACGACUCCAAGACCAAGAAGCUGCGCCUGAACAUGAGCAGCACAUACGUGGAUGUGCCAGUGUUUCGGAUCGAUCUGACAGAUCUGAUGCCCAUGGACUACUUUCCCGAUGCCCAUCCGGCCUUGCAUUUGGUUGUCUACAGCGUCAAUCAGAAGGGUCGCUCCGAGCCGAUUGUCCUCGAGAAUGUGCCCAUCAAUGAGGCGGACAAGCGUUCAGACGGACGCAUGGGCCUGUCAAUCUUACCCCUCGCUGCUCUGCUUGCCGGAACCCUCUUCACGGUGGGCAUAGCCGUGCUCUCCGUGGUGGUCAUUGCUGUGCGUAGGCGUCGCGGCCCAGGAGCCCGGAACAUGUGCGACGACAAGGACAAGCAUUUGGGCAUGGAUGUGACAGUGACGGCGCCUCUGGAAACAGGUGCUGGUCAUCAGCGGCUCGUUGUGGCUUACACUUUGAAGCAGGGCAUUGAAAAACAGCCGGACAUACUGAGUGCGCAAAAAAGCGCAACUGGCAGUGACACAUCGUCGCCGCUGGGAAAUCGGCCGAGUGGUUUAUUUAUGGGCGGCGGCAGUGGAGGUGGAGGCAGUGCCGGCGGCGCUUCGGCCGCUCCCAGCUCCGGCAACGCGGCGAGCCAUAAAACGACGGAUUAUGAUGUGAGUGCACCGCACCUGAGCAGCCCGCCCUCCCAGUCCAGCACCCUCCGGCUGGAGAGCGAUACUGCCGCGGGCGUUGCCAAGGGGUAUCAGACGUCAUCGCUGGGUGGGACGGCUACGGCUCCCCCCCUCCUGUACGAUGCCAUGCCCACGCUCAGUCGCUACGAGCAGCUGGGCCUCAACAUGGGAAACUAUGCUGUCGGCGGGGGUGGCGGUGGGGGUGGUGGCAGCAACAGCACGCUCAGCUCUGCCAGCAGCACCGUUAACGCGGCAAGUAAUGCGCUGGCCAACGGUGCGGCUGGUGGGGGAGGGGGAGGUUCGAGCAGCCACUACGCCCAUCACUUGCAUCAUACGCUGCCCCACAACAUGGCCCAGCAGCCCACAUCGGGCCACAGCCUGCAGCGGGGGGGAGGCCAUGAUCCGACACUCACCCUGGCCGACUACCUGACCACCAGCAGUCUGAUAGACUACAAUUUGAGCAAGGCAGCAGCCGCAGGAUCGCCGAUGGCGAUGCCCACCCACAUGACGCUGCCCAAGGGCCUGGGCCUAGGCUCGGUGAUGGCCGGGACGAGCCUGUCGCCGUCGCAGCUCAACACCAUCACGCACAAGUCCAGUGCCGGACGCAAUCACAUCAUCACGGACACCUUGCCCGGACCCGAAAGCUGCGUCUAAGCGCGGUCGCAUGAGGGUACGAAUGAGGGUGCUCGAACUCGAAUUCCUGGCAUCAAACAAAAGACUGGCGCACAAACACUAACCGAAUCAGAAGCCGACUCAAAGUAAGACAAUGAUAGCGGACGCGCGGGCAGUAGUAGUAGUCUGCACUAACUAUCCUUUGAACGGAUGAAGGCUAUUCGGCGGCGUCGCUUAGCAGUAAAUUCAUAGACCUAAACGAAACCCCUAGUUAAAGUACGAAUAUGUACAAGUAUUUGUAUUGUAUUUGUAUUUGUAUUUGUAUAUGUAUAUGUAAUGCGUGUGAGUAAGUGUCUCUGUUUGUUUGUAAAUGUUUAAACUAAGUGUAAUCGUAGCUAUAAUUGUAUACAUAUGCAUACAUACAUAUUUAAAACACUGUACAACAGAGCCUGCUCUCAGCGUCACGAAGGGAGCAAACAACCCCAACAAAUCUUCCAAACUCUGACGCCAGCUGAAAGCAGAGCCUCUUAAUUGGACAGUAAUCGUCUAUAGUUUAAAUGCUACGUAUCGAAAUCGUUGUUAAAUCUGUUGUGUCCCGGCCAAAGACAUAUUCUCAACAUAUCCCUCUUCCUGCCUAGCCGAGAACGGAGCCUAUGCCUCGGAAAAGAAAACGAAAACCGCAACUAUUUGAACUGCCCCGCCCCUCCCCCUUCAACCACUACAAGAUCAAAGCCAAGUGUAUCGAAAACAGACUUCUUCUCCGACCCCACCCCCGAAAGCCAAAAACGGGAAAAGUUAUAUUGGACACGUCUUGCGCCAUUGCGUGCCCAGUGCCCAGCGCCCAGUGCCCACUGCUGUGCUGGCCAUUAUUUAACUUUUAAACACGCGCCAAAAACAGCAGCCGAUUUGAAUUUAAUGGGUACGGUCGAGAGAUGUGAGUGGGCAGCAGCCAGAACUCAGGCACUCAGGCAGUCGGGCGGUCGGGCGGUCGGUCGUCCUGUCCCUGCUAAUAGCAGCCAUGGCAGCCAACAAGUGAGCAAUAAAGAAAAGUUUAGAAAAAUAUGCGAUAGCCAUCCCACACCCCACACCACGCCACACCAACCCCAGCUCCAGCACCAGCUCCAGCCGCAGUCCUAGCCCUAGCUCCCACCCCGAGCAUAAUAAGCUCACGAGCGAUUGAAUGGGUAUAGAGCACAAUAAAAGCGGCAGCGACAAGAACCCAGAGCUGGAGCACGGAUUUGUGCGCACGAUAGCGCAAAAUGAUGACAAUAAAUGGAAAAGUUUUUAAUAAGCUAAUAAAAUGAUUUAUGCGGGUCGAGAAAUAAAAGUGCAGAGCUCAGCUGAUUCCUAGAGCAAGGAACCAAGGCCAGCCGGGCGAUGACAAUUUGAUGAGCACGAUUUUGGUCAGACAUCGACAUCAGACACUUCAUUGAUUGUUGGUCCUCCGAGAGUCCUUGGGAGUGUGCUUACUAGCUGGACCUUAGCCACAACGAAUACAUACAUAGGUACACAUACAUAUGUAAAUAUAAUUUAUGGAAUUUAUGGUGAUGAGAGAUUGAGAUUUUGUUGGGAUAGAGGCUAGACCGUGGCAAGGCAGUUCAUAUAGUUGUUAGCCAUAAAACACUUUUUCGAUUAUUGUAAUGUUGCAUACAUUGGCAAUUGUUAUCAAGGCAUUAUCAUAUCAGAAGUACAUAUUAAAGCCGUAAUAAAAACGAAUAACUAUAUCAUAGACAAGGGCUAAAAACGACUAUAAGUGUUCAAAAGUUUGUCAUAUCAUUUUCGGUUAUUUUCGAUAUACAUACAUAUGUACGUUUUGACUUUCUAACGAAACAAAAACAAAACAACAAAAUGGUAAUGGAAAAAACAAAGCAAAAGAAUAAGGAAAAAUCUUCAAUGAAUUAUAGCAAUUAGUAAGAUCAAUGUAAUGUCAUAAUGUUUAAAUGUAAAAGUUGUAGCAUUCCAGAAAACUGUCUGAUCUGAAUUAGAGUAAAUAGAGCAAAUCGUAAGCUUCCUCCAAGUUUAUAGGAAAUCCUUCCCCCGAUAACGAGUCCAUAUGAGAACGAGUAGUUUAAACCUUUUAAAAAACCGAACCCUGUAGAGCUACACAUUUACACACACCACAGACAAAUACACACACAGAUGCAUCAUAUCGCGUAAUGUGCUAGAAGUAUUUUAUGAGCCUCAAGGAGAGCAAUCGUCGUUGUACAUACAAGCAUAAAGGAUAACCCACAUACAUACCAUACAUAUACACAUCAUUGUAACUAUCUACAUAUGUAAAAAUGCUUAAAAUAUUUGUGAUAAAGUAAUAAUGUUAAUGAUAAGAAAUAAAACGUAAACAUAUUAUUAUACUGAA